UGUCCUUAAAACAAAUAACAUUUACACUAGGAAUCAAAACCAAUAAAUAACAUGGCUUUAAAAACAAAUCAGAAAAAGUCUUUUUUUAGUUGGGUUCAAUAAGUCACGUGAUCAUGCCAGCCACACCUCCAAAGCAACUGCUGCAAGAUCGGUAAAGGGCUACUAUGGCAAGUGGCACUAACUUUUUUAAUAAAUUUACUGGAGCAAUAAAGAAAAAGCUCCUUGGUCACGACCAUCUAGACGGACAUAUCGUAACGGGCCGCACUGCUGUAGAUAUGCCCGAGCUACCCCUAGCCGCCCUGAAUAAGACGGUGGUAGCCUGUCACACAGGACCAGGAAAAGGACUGACUGAUAUCAGCCAGGAGCCUGAUCCACCUACUGAUGACGUGUAUUUCAAUAGAGGUUCUGUUAUUGCUGGUAUAUUAGAUUGGCACAGGCCCCACCCACAAGCCGACGGCCUUUCUGUUACACUCUACGAAAAACAAGCAAACUCUACCAGUCACCAUGGCGACCCGAUAGCCGACGCCUUCUUUUUAACGGCUCGUCCUAACAGCUGCAUAAUGGGGCUCGCUGAUGGCAUUAAUUGGGGAUAUAAGCCGAGGAUAGCAGCUCGCUCCGCCCUACUGGGCGUGGUCAAUCACCUCAACGAGAAACUAUUCGGAUCUCCGUCAAAACCAACUAAUACUCAGGAUAUAUUUCACCAUAUUUUAUUAUCAUUUGACGAAGCCCAGAAACGAAUUAUAGCUAACGAAGGUACCACGACUACCCUCACUGUGGCAAUGAUAUGCGAGUGCCUACCCAACCACCACAUAUCGUCACGUUGGGUCCUUUGCUCGGUGUCUGUCGGUGAUUCCCCUUGUUUUCUCUAUCAACCGGACUAUGGAUCGGUCCACGAGGUUACCGCUGCUUGGCAUGAUGGAAAAGGCCGUGAUCCUCGUGACUCCGGCGGCUGUUUAGGCACUAAUGUUGGGAACGACCCUGAUCUAAGUAAUCUCAUCUGUUGCCUACUCCCAGUGAGAGAGGGCGAUUUCAUAUUUAUUACUUCCGACGGCAUUUCUGAUAAUUUUGAUCCAGUGAUUUUAAAAGAAGCUUCGGCUGGUUCGACAAGCCCGACUCCAACCACCCAGCUUUAUUUACCAGGAGCUGAACCUGGGAACUCCUCGCCUACCAUGCCUAGUGUCACGCCAAAGCAAAGACAGGAGCUACUGACCGAGAAAAUGGCAAGUGUCAUAAAAGAGAAACAAAGACGUAUUGAGCACAUGUUGACGGCUCAGGAUCUCGUCGAGGCACUAAUCACACACGCUAAGGACGUGACGGAGAAAAAGAGAACAUUUCUCGAACACGUUUGGGAGGAGACAUCGGACCCGAAACUCUCUCCGAACACAAGACGAACCCAGGAAAGGAAAUUAUCGCAAAGAUCAAAGACGUACUCUGGGAAGCUCGACCACACCUCUAUAGUUGCGUAUCAGGUCGGUAAUUUAUCUGUAGCAGAAUAUAAUUCACCGAGAAGGCCUUCGUCCCAAAGUACUGUACAACAUUUGGAUGAUAUAACGGAUCUGGAUGGGGUCCCCAGGGGGCGCCGCCGCGAGAUUUUUCAGAGGGGGCUCAGCCAGGGAAGCUUUAAUUCUGUGAGAUACUAAUAAUUUAAAGUCUAUAGGAAUAUUAAUUAUUAAUGAUAAUUAUAAUAGGAAUGUAUUAUGGUUUUAUAUUAACAUCCAGUACAUGAAAUACAUGUGCUGGAUGCAUAUUUUUGUAUCUAAGAAAGUGACUGUGUUAAAAGAA